GUUGACCCAAAUUGCAGAAAUUUUGUUUCAAGUUUAUUAAUCUUGAAACUGCCCUUCUGGUAACCCAGUUCCGCAAAACGAGAGGGAAAACUAAGAUCGCGCACCAAAAAGACGGGAAACAUCUGGGCGGUUGCAGCCGAUUCCGCCACCAGAGCAUCCGCAACAGCAGGUGACGAUGGAUUUUGUCACGGGAUUGCCUGCCAAGGACAGCUGCAACGCGGCAUUUGUCAUCGUCGACAAGCUAACUAAGAAGUCUCACUUUGCUGCCUACAAGAAAAGCAUCUCAGCCGAAGAAACAGCGAGUCUAUUCAUCGCGACCGUCGUUCGACUCCACGGCAUCCCAUCUGCCAUCAGUUCUGACCGUGACACGAAAUUUACGAGCAACUUCUGGUGCAGCCUUUGGGACCAAUUCAGCACGCGCCCACAGUUCUCUUCCGCCUACCACUUCGAGACUGGCGGACAUACUGAACAAGCCAAUCAGACAAUGGAGCAGUUGAUUCGCGCCACCUGCAAUGACAUGUCCGACUGGAAGCAGCAACUGCCUUUGAUUGAGUUUGCGUAUAAUAAUGCCCUGUCAGCCACUACCCGACAAUCACCAUUCUACCUAAACUACGGACAAAACUCCACUGUACCAAUCACGCCCAACAUCGACGAUCCUCCACAUAAUUGUUAGAAUAGCUUGAAAAGGUGGACCAUGA